AUGAGCUUUAGUUUUACUAGUACGAGUACUCCUCCACGCACAUCGAGUUCAUACCACGCACCUUCAUCCUCACCGCCCAUGGAAUCGCCCACGACGUCCACGAGAAGGUUCUCACAAUAUAAACCACGAUUUAGUGGAUCUUCCACAACCCCCAUACACUCCCAUGUGCGUGCGCCUUCAUUCACAAGCGGCGAGCCGUCGGCGAAAGAUUUCCAAAAGCAACACGGAUUCAAUUUUCCUGUCGCAGAACCACCUCAGAAGGCAUUAUGGAGAGAUAAGCUUCGCCAGCAGGUCGAACGGCGCGCGAAAAGGGAUCGACAACGCAUGUACGAGCGUGCACGCAGUGAAGAAGCGAGUAGCGACGGUGGAAGCAGCGACGGAGACUUGGAAAUGGAAGAAGAUUUGGACGAUCUGGACGACGAAUUGUAUCGUCGCAUUAUGGUUGAAGAGCGAAGAAAGCUCGCACAUCAAUCCAAUGUUGCAUACGAAACUACGUUUGGGGAAUCAGAUGAUAUCCACAUGGAGGACAUUGAGCAAGUCGAGCGACAAUUUACUGGAGAAAUAGAAGACGCAAACCUUGACGAAUAUGAUCCUGCGGCAGAAUAUGAAGCAUACCUCGCAGAUUUGCAAGCGCAGGUGGUCGCUCAGACGGGAGACCUAGGAAUUGACCGUCGGUCACAAACCCUAGGACACUUGCCAUCAGGAGAGGUCGAUGAAUUUGAAAGCGAGUUCAAUAAGCUCGAUCCAGCAACGCUUGCGGCAAUCCUCGAUAGGUAA